CAGUCUGGAGUCGCACAAUUAUGAAAAAGCAACCUUCCGCUGGAGCUGCAGCCGAAGCGGAUCUCUCCCACGUCCACCGGGCUUUCCUUCCAAGGCUAACAGAGAGCACCGCCGAUAGAUGGAUAAAAGCCACGACGCAGCUCUUCCUGAGUCUCAACGGUGAAGAGAAUGUCCCAGAAACCCUGGAUAGAAAGCACUUUCACCAAGAGGGAAUGUGUGUACAUACUUCCAGUGUCAAAGGACCCCCACAGAUGCCUUCCAGGAUGCCAAAUCUGCCAACAGCUAGUCCGGUGCUGCUGUGGGCGGCUGGUCCGACAGCAUGUUGGCUUCACAGCCAGCUUGGCCACCAAGUACUCGGACGUGAAGUUGGGUGAUAACUCCAACCUGUCCGUGCCCACGGUGGAGGAGUGGUCGGUGGAAAAACACACGGAGGCGAGCCCCACUGAUGCCUAUGGUGUCAUAAACUUCCAGGGAGGGUCUCACUCCUACAGAGCCAAGUAUGCGCGUUUGUCCCACGACUCGCGGCCGGAGAGCAUCCUGCAGCUGAUGCUGAAGGAGUGGCAAAUGGAGCUGCCCAAGAUCCUCAUCUCUGUCCAUGGAGGAGUUCAGAACUUUGAGCUGCACCCACGCAUCAAGCAGGUGGUCGGGAAGGGCCUCAUCAAAGCUGCUGUCACUACCGGGGCCUGGAUCCUCACUGGAGGGGUCAACACAGGUGUGGCCAAGCAUGUGGGAGACGCUCUCAAAAAGCACUGUUCAAGAUCAUCAAAGAAAAUUUGCACUAUUGGGAUCGCACCGUGGGGAGUCAUUGAAAACAGGAACGAUCUCAUCGGCAGAGACAUCGUCGCUCCGUAUCAGACGCUGCUGAACCCUCUCAGCAAACUAAAUGUUCUCAACAAUCUGCACUCUCACUUCCUCCUGGUGGAUGAUGGGACUGUGGGCAAGUACGGCGCUGAGGUCAAUCUGAGGCGGGACCUGGAGAAACACAUCAACCUCCAAAGAAUACAUGCACGAAUCGGUCAGGGGGUUCCUGUUGUGGCGCUGAUCUUUGAAGGGGGGCCUAAUGUGAUCCUGACUGUCCUGGAGUAUCUUCAGGAGAGCCCUCCUGUCCCUGUGGUGGUGUGCGAGGGAACGGGCCGCGCUGCUGACAUACUGGCCUACGUCCACAAGCAGACUGAGGAGGGAGGCGGCCUUCCUGAUGGCGUGGAGACGGACAUCCUAGCAACCAUUAAGAAAACCUUCAACUUCAGCCACAGCGAUGCCAUCCAUCUCUUUCAGACUCUGAUGGAGUGCAUGAAGAGCAAAGAAUUGAUCACUGUGUUUCACAUCAGCUCCGAGGAGCACCAGGACAUUGAUGUGGCCAUCCUGAGGGCUUUACUCCAAGGAACAAACGCAACUGCCUUCGAUCAGCUGGUCCUGACUCUGGCCUGGGACCGCGUAGACAUUGCCAAGAAUCAUGUGUUUGUGUACGGGCAGCAGCUCCUGGUGAGCUCUCUUGAGCAAGCGAUGCUGGAUGCGCUCGUGAUGGACAGGGUGGAUUUUGUCAAAUUGCUCAUUGAAAACGGCGUCAGCAUGCACCGAUUUCUUACAAUCAAUCGGCUGGAGGAGCUCUACAACAUGAAACAACCUCCCAACAACCCGACUCUCCUCCACCUGGUUAGGGAUGUUAAGCAGAGCCAUCUUCCGCCAAACUAUAAGAUCACUUUGAUCGAUGUGGGCCUAGUUAUUGAGUACCUGAUGGGCGGGACUUACAGGUGCAACUACACGAGGAAACGUUUCAGAAUAAUAUAUAACAAUCUCCAUGGCAGCAAUAGGAGGUCGGGGCGUCACACGGCAGGACCUGGUUCUCAUUUGAGGAAAAGUCAUGAGUCCUUCAGCAUGCAGGCUGACAAGAAGGAGAAGACGAGGCACAACCACUUCAUCAAAACUGCACAGCCGUACAAACCCAAGCUGGAGUCUACCCAGGAGCAGAACAAAAAGAGAAGCAAAGAAGAGAUCGUGGACAUAGACGACCCAGAAACGAGGCGCUUUCCCUACCCCUUCAAUGAGCUGCUGGUGUGGGCCGUGUUGAUGAAGAGGCAGAAAAUGUCGCUCUUCUUCUGGCAGCACGGCGAGGAGAACAUGGCGAAGGCACUCGUGGCCUGUAAGCUUUGCCGAUCGAUGGGCUACGAGGCCAAGAAGAGCGACGUUGUGGACGACACCUCAGAGGAACUCAAGGAGUACUCAAAUGACUUUGGGACGCUAGCAGUGGACCUGCUGGAGCAGUCGUUCAGGCAGGAUGAGACUAUGGCCAUGAAGCUCCUGACCUACGAGCUGAAGAACUGGAGCAACUCCACCUGUCUGAAGUUGGCCGUCUCCUCUCACCUGCGACCGUUUGUGGCUCACACCUGCACCCAGAUGCUGCUGUCAGACAUGUGGAUGGGACGGCUGAACAUGCGCAAGAACUCCUGGUACAAGGUUAUUCUGAGUAUGUUGGUGCCUCCUGCCAUCCUACUUUUGGAGUACAAAUCGAAGGCGGAGAUGGCUCACAUCCCUCAGAGUCAGGACUACCACCAGAUGACCAUGGAGGACAGCGAAAACAACUUCAAGAACAUCGCUGAAGACAUCCAGAUGGAUGUGUUCAAGGAGGCCAGAUCCAACGACCAAGUGGAGGCAAAGAAUGAGAUGGAGACACACAUUCGCCCCAGGAAGCUGCCCUUAACCAGGAAGAUUUAUGCCUUCUACCAUGCUCCCAUUGUCAAGUUCUGGUCCAACACGCUCUUCUACUUGGGUUUCCUGAUGUUCUACUCGUACGUGGUCCUGGUGAAAAUGCCUGAAUGGCCGUCUCCUCAAGAGUGGGUGGUCAUCCUCUACAUAUUCACCUCUGCCAUUGAGAAAAUAAGAGAGAUGUUCAUGUCUGAGGCAGGCAAAAUAAGCCAGAAGAUAAAGGUGUGGUUCAGUGACUACUUUAAUGUGUCAGACUUUCUGGCCAUUGUGACCUUCUUUAUCGGCUUUGGCCUGAGGUUGGGUGGAGAAGACACCUUUGUCCCAGGAAGGACGGUCUAUUGCCUCAAUAUAAUCUUCUGGUACGUGCGACUCCUGGAUAUCCUGGCUGUCAACCAGCAAGCUGGACCGUACGUCAUGAUGAUUGCUAAAAUGGUGGCCAACAUGUUUUAUAUUGUGGUUAUAAUGGCUAUAGUCCUCCUGAGCUAUGGCGUGCCCAGGAAAGCCAUUUUGUACCCAAAAGAGGAGCCCAGCUGGACGCUGGCAAAAGAUGUGGUCUUCCAGCCGUACUGGAUGAUGUACGGGGAAGUGUAUGCUUAUGAAAUCGAUGUUUGUGCCAAUAACAGUGACCCGUCAGUGAAGAGCCUGUGUGCAGCCGGAGUGUGGCUGACUCCUCUCCUACAAGCAGUCUACCUCUUUGUACAGUAUAUACUCAUGGUCAACCUCCUCAUCGCAUUCUUUAAUAAUGUGUAUAUGCAAGUCAAGUCCAUUUCUAAUCUGGUUUGGAAGUACCAGCGCUACCACUUCAUUAUGGCCUACCACGAGAAGCCUGUCCUCCCGCCCCCAUUCAUCCUCCUCUGUCAUAUCUACUCCCUCUUCUGUAUGUGUAGAAAGAGGAAGAAGGAGCAUACAUACGGACCAAAGCUGUUUCUCACAGAGGAAGACCAAAAGAAGCUUCAUGAUUUUGAGGAGCAGUGUGUGGAGACGUACUUUCAUGAAAAGGAUGAUCAGUUUCACUCGGGGAGUGAGGAGCGCAUUCGUCUUACGUCAGAAAGGGUUGAGACGAUGUGUUUACAGUUGAAGGAGGUCGGGAACAAGGUCAACUUUAUAAAACGCUCUUUGCACACGCUGGACUCGCAGAUCGGCCAUCUGCAGGACCUCUCAGCUCUGACUGUAGACACUCUAAAGACCCUCACUGCUCAGAGGGCGUCGGAGGCCAGCAAGGUCCACAAUCAGAUCACACGGGAGCUCAGCCUCUCUAAGAACAUGGUCCCCAGCAUCGCCCCUGUGGCCACAGAAACUGGUCCCCACUCUAAAUCGUCCAUGAUGUGCAAACGCAGUGUGGGCGCCUUCUUCGUCUCCUCUUUUCCCCAGGCUGGAGCCAACCUCGCAGACUCUCUGUUUGGGUUUGGUGUCGGGGGAGGGGCUGGGACGGACAGUAGCCGGAGAGUUGGGCCCAGCCCUGGAGCAGGACUGGGGCUGGACUCCAACCUGACCCCAGCUUUGAGUCCAGAGAGGAGGGGGUUGUUUGGGCUUGGGCACCUUGCUUUAGAGGCUGGCUCCUCAGGCAGUGCCAGCUCCAGUGCCUUUGUCCAAAGUGCUGUGGCCAUUUCCCCUACGGAGCUGCGUUUCCGAGGCCACUCUCUCACCCAGAGUAAGCUGACCCGUCCACUAGAGCCGGGCUUUUCCGACUCGCCAUCCAGCCUGCCCAACGUGCCCUCCCCCGUCGCUCAGUUCCACAUCAGCAGCACCCCUUCCCAGCCAAGUGGCUCCAGCCACCCGGAACUCGCCCUAGCUGGGCAUUACCAGCAGCCCCUCCAGCCUGACAGCACCACAGUAGAGUUUGGGGCAUUUGUAGGACAUAAAGACAGUAUGGACCUCCAGACUUCACAACCCAAAGCCACCUCCAGCAGACGGCAAAGCCCGGCAACACAGACCAGAUCUCAGCAUCAGUCUGAAGCUCACGGUCACAUCAGAGCAGUCAACUCUUAUGCUGGCUUCACUGAGUUCGACAGAAACCCAGCUUUGCUCCAUCCUGACUCCACUCUGACGAAGAAGGACAGAAGCAGAGUGUCCGCUGAAGACAUCCUCAUACAUGAAGACCCCAGAGCUGCAGUGCUGGAAAGAGUUCAGGUCAAAUCAGCCCAAGCCAGCAGCCUACGCCCUCCUGGUGAAGACACACUGACCGCUGCAGUUUCUCUGUACACACCACGAAACACCCAGCUCGGGGCCAGAAAGGACUCUAUCGGCUCUCCGUUCAAGCCCAUGGAGAGCUACCAGUACUCAGCUGUGGAGCGCAACAACUUGAUGAGGCUGUCUCAGAGUAUCCCCUUCACGCCUGUGCCCCCUAGAGAUUGUAACCAGCAACUGCAUCCUCCUCGGAUCAUAUCAAAACUGGAGCUAUGUUCAGAAUGUCAGCCCUCACAUUCCCUGAGUCUAUCGAGUCAUCUCAAAACUGACCAACAAUAACCAAAUGAAAGUCAUUUAAGGAAGUUGAAAAGAAAGUCUACUGACAAAUGUAUGAAUUAAGGGAGCCGGUGACUGUGUACCGACUGGAUGAGAGCUCCCCCAACACCAUCAACAACAGCAUGUCUUCCUGGGCCCAGCGCGGCCUCUGUGCCAAAAUAGAGUUUCUCAGCAAGGAGGAGAUGGGCGGAGGCCUCAGGCG